AUGGCUGUGGAUAAAAAUUCUAGCGCACACAAUGAACCGAUUGAUGACGUGAAAUCAGUAGCACCCUCCAAUGAUGAGUAUGAUGAUAGUUCUGGUGGUGUAGACCUCGAAAAUCUUCCAGAAAACUUCAUUUCCCCUGAAGUAUGGGAACAAAUCGGAAAAGCACUAGAAGAUUUUAAUUUUGACGAUAUGAAGAAAUUGUCCUUUGCGUCAAUGAAAAUGUGUGUAACGUUUUAUUAUAUGUAUGCCAAGGCAAAAGGUUUCGGAGCACGAAACAAAGCAGUUGUAAGGAGAAAAUUGGAUGGUAAAUUCACAUCAAAAAACCUGAUGUGCAGCAGGGAAGGUGCACGCCAGCUAAAGUACUUGGAAAACCCAAAUAGGAAGCGCCCGUCAAGACCGGAAACUAGAUGUGGGUGCCAAGCUAUAAUCAAGUUCAAGUGGAAUCCAAGUGACGACUCUUGGUUCGUGAGAGACUUUGCCGUGACAGUGAGGAAUCUAGUUCAACAAGCGGGUGGUCCUGACAAACUACCUUUCCUUAAAAAGGACUUGUACAAUGCUUGUCAAAGAAUUCAGAAGGAAGAAAUUCCAGAUGGGGACACGGAGGCCGUGUUUGCAUACCUGCUCGGGAAACAGAAUACUGACCCUAGGUUUUUCUUGAAAUAUACACGAGACGAAGAUAAUGCUCUGGAUAAACUCUUUUGGUGUGAUGGGACGUCCCGUAAUGAUUACAGGGCAUUUGGCAAUGUCAUUGCCUUUGACACCACAUACAAAGUAAAUGCGUACCACAAGCCGCUUGUGGUGAUUGUCGGUGUAAAUUACCAUAGGCAAAGUGUUGUUUUGGCUGUUUCUCUAGUUAGCCAUGAAAAGGAGGAGACAUUCAAGUGGAUAUUGGAGCAGUUGACUGAAGCAGGGGAUAACGUCGCUCCUCACACUGUUUUGACUGACGGGGACAAGGCAAUGGCAAAUGCUAUAUCAGUUGUUUUCCCGAAGGCAGUACAUAGGAUGUGUUUGUGGAAUUUAAUGAGGAAUGUAAAAGCACAUAGCUCAAAAACGUUCUGCAGUGGUUUCAUGAAAUGUGUUGACAGAUGUCGUACGCCCACCGAGUUUGAGCAGGCUUGGAAGGAGCUAAUUACCACGUACGGUUAUGAGAAAGAAGUUUGGGCAUAG